CUUCAUCGUAGACUUCCAUCUUGUCGCGCGCGCAUCGCUGCACUUCCGUCUCAAGACCUACUAUGGCCCGAAUUCUGGCGUUGAGCUUCGUUACUGCGUCUCUUGCAGCAGCGGCCCCUGAGCCGCUAAUCACCGCCCGGGCUGAGCUCCACCCCCGCGCUGAUUCAUCGAUCCUAGGCUGGAUCAGCACGUCCGGCGCAUCUCGUCUGUCCGACGUGCGAAGCUGUGAUUUCCCGCAAACCCUCACGCAAAGCGGUUCAUACGCGCAAUGCUGUGAAAAGGACAAAGAAUGCAACUUCUAUACUACCUGCUCCGCCGGUAACGUCAUCGCCGAAUCGACGUCCGUCUUUUGCGAUGAGGGAUUUUGUAACACUGGUAUCAUCUUGGAAACUAAGGGCGCGACAUCCGCACAAUCGUACCUGGGCUGUUGGGCAACGAGUCUGGGCAAGGACCCGAUUACUCUAAUUCAGAGCAUGGGUGCUACUGGUCCUGCGCCCACUGGUCUUACGAGCUCGACCGAUGAUUCCAGCAUUACCGAGAGCGGCAGUGCUGCGUCUACUGGCACUGCGACGGUGUCAUCGAGCUCUGAGAGCGAGUCUGAGUCCUCGCCUACGAGCGAAAGCUCCCCCUCUUCCAGCUCGCCCGGCGCUGCCGCAGGUGUUGCGAAGCCACUUACGGGCGUUGUAGGCUUGAUUGCGGGUCUUGUUGCAAUGCUGUAGCGUGCUUUCACCCAAGCUUAGUCGUAUGUUGCAAUAGCUAAUCCUA